AUGCUAAUUUUGACAAGUAACAGACCCCUCAAACUGCCGCGAUCCACACUGCUAUCAAUCUUGGGAUUUUUCUGUCUACUUUCCAAGGCGCGGGGAGUGAGCGGCAGCCUUUGCGUUGCGCAGUUGGCCGAUGGCACUGGGGCGGAUCGAGAUUUCAUCGCUCAUAUUAUGCCCGUUGUGAGCUCUCUGGGCUUUUGCUCGAGUUCUGCGCAAGAUGUAUACUCAGCGAACGAGAUGACUGCUGUUGUUGCUCAGAUCGUGGGCAACAACCAAGUCUCUUCCUUGCAUAACACGAAGAGAACACUUGAUCCAGGUCGAUCACUCCAUCAGAACAGAAAGAUGAGAUGGUUUGAGCUCUACCCCAUUGGACGACUACUAGGCCAUGGAGUCCCAUACAACGACACAAUAUUCCUAGUGGAUAUUUACGGCGGCCAGUGUGACAACCUGAGGACCUUUAAGGCCAGGUUUCCCUAUUUGCCAGGAAGAAUGGUAUUACAAGAUAUCCCCGUGGUGGUCGAGGGCGCUUCAAGUUCCGAGUCCAGGAUCGAAGUGAUGAGCCAUAUUCUCUUCGAUCCUCAAGCUUUGAAGGGUGCCCGGGCAUACCUCUUCGGAUCUGUCUUUCAAAACUGGCCUGAUCAUAUCUGCCGACAGAUCCUGCGCAACACGAUUGCUGCUAUGGCUUCUGACCACUCCUGCAUUCUCAUCAUGGACUUUCUUCACGACCCUAACUCAUGUUUCAACCAAACAUCAUAUGGCUUUCGGAUGGACAGCAUUGGCGCUGGCGUCGUGCGGACCGAGGUCCAGUGGAAGGACCUGCUGAGCAGCGCCGGGCUACGAAUAACAGGAAUCUGGAAUCAAGAUCCGGGGAUGGAGACCUUGAUUGAAGGUGUUCCCGCUGGGCGAGAUGGUGCACGUUAG